AUGCCCAUCAAUACAAAAUUAUUAUUGCCAGUAGCCUUGGGGCUGUCUAUAGUUACAGUGACGGCAUUUGUGGCUUAUUACAUAUUCAAAAAGGAUGAGGAAGAAACAAAUGAAAAGAAAAUAAAAACAUCAAGAGUUAACAUCAUUGAGGUGACGGUACCAAAAAGUAUUGUCCCUGCAUUAAUUGGCCGAAGCGGUUCGAACAUAAAAGACAUAGAAAGUAAAUCAGGCGCACUGAUCCAUUUUAAAAAGUUCAGCGACAAGGAGUACGAUGUUUGCAUAAUUCGGGGCCGGAGCGAGUCCACGCAGCUCGCCGAGACAAUGAUACACGAGUUCAUUAAGCAGCAGCCGGUUAUUGAGGAGGACACCAUGAUGGUGCCGGGAUGGGCUUGUGGAAGGAUUAUAGGUACAGGAGGUGAAUCAAUAAACGAUAUAAGUCACCGAAGCGGUGCUCGAGUGAAGAUCGAAGGCACCACCAUGGGUGACAAAAACACCCAGCGUCAGAUCUCUUUCCGCGGCACAAAGGAGCAGAUCAGUGUCGCUAAGGGACUGAUAGAGACUUGUGUGGCACAGGAGAAAUGCCGUCGCGAGAUAGAGCAAUCAAAGCGGACCCCCCGGGUUACUAUCCCGCCCCCCGAAACGCAACAACCGCAGGAGACCCCAGGUAGACCGGUCCUCACACAUGCCAAGUAUAAAAGGCCUGAGACCACCACUUCGUCGAUAGAGGUGUACGUAUCGGCCGUGUCCUCACCGUCUCGCUUCUGGGUACAGUUCGUUGGGCCUCAAGUCGCCCAGCUCGAUGAUUUAGUUGCCCAUAUGACUGAAUACUACGGGAAUAAAGAAAACAGAAAUGCGCAUGCGCUGAAGCAGGUGAGCGUGGGGCAGGUGGUGGCGGCGGUGUUCCGGCACGACGGCCGCUGGUACCGCGCGCGCGUGCACGACAUACGCCCCAACGAGUUCGACGCCACGCAGCAGGUGGCGGACGUUUUCUUCUUAGACUACGGCGACAGCGAGUACGUCGCAACACACGAGGUGUGCGAGUUGCGCGCAGAUCUGCUGCGGCUUCGAUUCCAGGCUAUGGAGUGUUUCCUGGCUGGAGUGAAGCCGGCGGACGGAAGCAAUCGUUGGCCUUCCCAAGCCAUCGAACGCUUUGAAGAAUUAACACAGGUGGCCCGAUGGAAACCUCUCCUUUCGAAAACGUGUACAUAUAAGAAGUCAAUUUCAGUGAUUGGAGAGAAAGAGAAGGAGAUACCUGGAAUCAAACUGUAUGAUGUCACUGACGAAGGGUCGCUGGACAUCGGGGAGACGCUGGUGGCGGAGGGCUGGGCGGAGGCCAGCGCGUCGCCGCGGCCCUCGCCGCCGCCCGCGCACGCGCCCGCCACGCCCUUCGGGGACCUCGGCAGCUCCAGGGUACUAGGCAUGUUCCCAAGCAACCGCUCCUCGUCCUUACCCAAGGAUCACAAGGACGAUCGCAGCGAAAAGGACACUACACCUGAACUCUUGAAAGAUCUGACUCCAAUAUCACCUUCAAAAUCACUAUCGUCAGGGUUAGAAUCUUCGGACAAACUGAAAUCCGUAUCCAACUUCGACCUCUCUUAUUCCGAAUUUGGGAAACCUUCUCAAGUAAACGGCUCACACGAAGACUUUCUACAUAAAGAGAGGAAUAAUGUGGACAAAGAAUAUGACGGAGCUACCUCGACUCCUGGCACUCAGUCCUUGAAAACCAGAGACGAGUUCAAAGCCAAUAUGAAUAGGAUCGAUUCUCAUCAUAGUAACCUGGAGUCGUUAGCUCGGUCGCAACACUAG